CAAAAAAGCAUUUGACAAUUGAGAAGUGCACAAGAUCUUUGAAUGUUAGGAUUAGCUGAUACAAACAACGCUUUUCUGUGAAAUAGUCAAAAUUCAUGAUGGAUUACAUGCCUACUUUUUUCACAUCCACCUCAGAUUAAAAAUGCUAAACGAUUAAUGAAAAACCUGUAAAUUGGAAGGUAAUUAUAUGACAAUUUUGAAACGAACCAUCUUCAUCUUCAACACAUUCAACUUUGAAGCCCAAUAGGCAUAGGUCAAGUAUAUCAACAUAAAAAUUAACUUAAUGUUGCACACUGAUAUAUUGGUACUAGUAUUUCUAUGUUUCAUAGUUAUUCUAAUAGCCAUUGGCUAUUUCGUAUUCCAUUCUGAUGCAGAAACAAACAUUAUGAAACGGAGAAAACGUAUCAGAACUAUGAGUAAACAGUUGAAUAAUAAAAAUGCAAGACAUGAAAUUGCUCGUUUUUACAGUUUCGAUAAACAAGCUCAGCAUAAAAUGAAUUCAUUCUCAAGUGAAUUUGAUCUUGAUAAUGGUGUAGAUACUGCUGAUUUUCAUAGCGGUGAUGAUCAAUCAAAAAGAGAUUUUUUUGGAAAUACAAGUUGUAAAGCAAGAAAAGAAAGCCUUAUACCUUAUCAUAAACAGCAAAGACACAGUUUACAACCAAUAUCAAUGCAACAUUCAUAUGAAAAUGAGCAUACCCCAUUCAGUCAAAAUCAAGGCAUUCGAUUUAUUUGUGGUCUACAAACUCCCCCAAUAAACAUAACAAAGCCUCAAACAGUACAACCAGAUAGUAGACCAGUUACACAAAGAAAGGGCCUAACUCGAGCCUUUUCUGAAAGUUGUACGACAAAGCUUGUCAAUCCGAACAACAAUACUAUUCAUCCUGUGAAUACUGAGACCAAUGAGACAAGAGGAGAUAUUCGUUUGCCAAAACUAAGUGAGCCAAACCUACAAAGGCAUAUUCAUCCAUGGUUGAAUCGUUUAAAAUACAAUACAUCAAUAUUUUACACCGAUAAAUCUGCUUCAUCUUCAAGUGAAUCUAUGUGGUCUGAAGCUAAACGUCGGUUAAGCAAUGCAGACAAGGUAUUCGAUCCUGUUAUGCGUAUACUGUCUACAGUACCACUAAAAAAUCAAACAAAUGUAGACACUUCAUGGAUGAAUUUCACUAUGAAUCCAAAUACAAAUGGAAAUAUAUGCUUUUCAUUAGCUUACACAUGUACGUUGAGUACACUGAAUGUUACAAUUAACCGGUUAAUUGGUGUUAGUAAUCUCAUUAAAAGUUCAGAUACUUUACCUAGUCAAACAUCAACAAAUUUUAUUGUUAGUCUACGUUUAAGACAUCAUAGGAAGCUUUCAAUUUAUAGAGAAUGUGAAGACGAGGCAGAAAUAAGAAAAUUAGAUUUAAGAGAAGAAAGUGAUGGUUUUCGUAAAAAGUAUUUCACUCAACCAGUUUCAACCUCAUUAAAUCCAAAUUUUGAUCAAUCAUUUAUGUUUCCAAUCACUUUGAAUGAAUUAAAAAAUGCUGAACUAGUCUUAACAGUAUUACAAUCGACAACAAUGAAUAAAUCUAUAGAUGGGAAUGUCAGUUUAGAAGAUAGUCUAAUACCAAGACGAAAUAUUUCAAUGACUUCUUAUCAUUCUCUAAAUGUUCAUAGUGGUGAUAAAUGUUCACGUAGAGUGAAUAUGAUCUCUGAAGAUAUGAGAUGUAUUGGUGUAACAUUUUAUAAAUUGAAUCAACAUGAACUGAUAAACUGUCCAGAAAAAAUGCAAAAUAUCUGGCAAGAACUACGUAAACUGCCUGAAUUACAUGAUGGACAACUUGAAAUGAACAUGGACAAUACUAACCCUACUACUACUACUACUGAUAAUAAUAGUGAUAAUGGUUAUAAUAAUGGCGUACCAAUAGCAUCUAUUAGUAGUCCUUUAGACUAUGAAACGUUUGUUUACAAUUCAGAAAAUGAAGAACAAAAUAUGAAUGAAAUGGAAAAUGAAAAAUCUUGGGCAAGUGCUAUUACUAGGGUUCCUCGAGGUGAACCUAGUAACAAGUCGAUGGCAAAAGUAUCUAUCUUAUACAAGAGAGAAUCAUCCAUCCUUGAAAUAUCCGUGGAAGAGUUUAGAAAUUUGAAGAUGUACACAAAUGAGACUGAAAUGAUGUUUCAAGCACUAUUCUGUCUCGGAAAUACAACCUUAUCGGUUGUAAAAGGUAAACCAUUCAAAAUAGCAAAACUAAAAAGUGAUGAAGCUAAUAUACAUGAGAAACAGAAAUUCAAUACAUUUAACCAAAUUUCAAUUCCUUAUACUGAGCAUUUAUCAUUGAAUGUGGACAUGAAUCGAUUACUUAACUUCACUAAUAUUGGAGUCCUUUUGCAAAUAUUUGUUCGCACAGACUUAUCGAGCCACCUGCGACGUUUGGCAAAUAUUUCAGUUGGUGAAACCAAAGUUACUCAUGAUUUGUCUCUGGUUCAAUGGAAUGAUUUGAUAAAAGAAUUAAAACGACUGAAAAAUGAUAACCUAUUCACUGCAACAAGGAAAAUAACCUAUUGGCAUUUAAUUGAUGCAGUUUAAUAAGUGGGUUGAAACAAAUCUAACUAGAAGGCAGAGAAAGCAUUUGUGCAUUCCAAUAGUCAAAGAACAUACCCCGUGACCUCUAGAUGUUUACUACCAUCAAUUCGCUUGUGUAGAACAUGAAGUGAUUAUCGCUUUUUUAAUAUAUAAAGUAUUUAAAAUUGUUGUUU